AUGCUUAGAAGUACAUUUCUACCUGCAGCUGCAUUGCGCAGUGUUCUGGCCCAGCCCGGCUUUCUCCACCAAAAUAAGCCCCAUUCGCCACAAAUCCACGAUGCCACUCGAACGCUCAACAGAGCCUUUGGUCUGGAUUGA